GCGUCUGGUAGGGGUCAAUCUAGGGGUCUUGUUUUCGUCUGAUUAUUACAGGUGAAGGUGUUCAGUAAUCCUGUUCCUGGAUUGUCUGACUCUCUACCCAAGUUAAGAAGGCAUACACGUCCUGUCCUUGUCCUUGGUCAGCAGACACCGAGCCUCCGUCCUUGGUAGCCCCUAGACACGCCCCUACCCGAGGUCAUGUCUGAGAAAGAGCCAACCGACAAAUCUGAUACCCAAAGACAUUUAUGUAAGGAAGAACCACCACUACCACACCCAAGCACCCACCUGGAGAAGAACAGUCCUAGUGUCGACGAUGGAACACAGCAGCAGGGGGAGACCUCCUUCACCCCAGAGCCUAGCACUAAGCCUCAAGAGUGUACUAUACGCCACCAAGAAUACGACAGUGGUGAACGUCAGCCUCGUAACCUCCCCUGCGGCCACACUGUCUGCUCACACUGCGUCGACCACCCCAGAGACAGUGCCGGGGCUGAGUGUUACGAGUGCCACCUACAACACGAAGACAAUACCGUUACGCAAUUCAUGAAGAAGAUAAACCUCGACUCAGUCACUUCAAGUUCGAGUGUUAUCUCUCAAGAUUUGAUUACGGUGAUUGGACCCAUCAAGGAGAAACAAGUUGGCUCCCUCACCCACCUCCUCACAAGGCAAGAUAAUAUGAGAAGUCAACUGGAUAAUUACAAGUCACAGGUCAAUGAGUGGAAGUCACAGCUCAUGGACACUGCACAGAAACUUGAGAAACAGGUCAAGGAGGCACUGCAGGCGUUGGAGGAGGAAGAAGAAGAGGUUAAUGACUUCAACGUUUCAGGGAAGAUCAUUGGAAGGGAUGUCAAGAGAACGUUGAUUAUUCUGAACAAAAACAAAACUCCAAUCCAGACUCUCAUAGAGAUAGAACGUGCUGAACGCCAUCAUCAAAACCUGAAGGUGUGGAUGACGAAGUUCUCUCAGGUGUUUCCGUGUCCGAGUGCCGUCGUGAACACAGUCAAGGCUCAAGAGGCAGUGAAGAGGGUCUUGGAAGUGAUGGACACUCAACUACCUAAUUUCGAGGAGGAGCUGCUGAAGGAGUUGAGUAUAAAGGACAAGGUCGACCUCCUCCUUCAAAGAGCACAAAACACCGUCACACCCACUACUGUCUCCAAACAAUACGUCAGGUUGUCUGCUGAUGACAUGAGGACAAGUCCCAACAAAAUGAAGAAAAUCCUACAGACAGGGAGGCUGUUUGCUGUACAGGCUUCCCGCAGCAACAGGUCAGCUGAGGUUUUGAUGAGUGAAGGACGCCUCUGUGUACAUGUUCUACAGGAUGUCACCCCACCUCCUGAUGCCUAUGUUAUUGAUUAUAACGAGGUGAUGACCCUGGUGAAGGCCUCUCCAACACUGGCUUUCCUGGACCUAAGAUGGACCGCGUCAGCAGGAGGGAGAGUGUACAUUAACGUCAACCCUUACACUGGUAGAGGGAAUCAGUUUCUCCUGUUGUGUAUGGGAGAAAAAGGUCCUUCAUACGCCGACGCAGUCAUCAUCAAUGUGGGGAACGAGGGGGAAGCCGGGGAGUUUGUGAGGUGUGGGGAUUAUGAGAGGAACAAUGGAUCAGGUGGUGCAGCCAUCGUCGAGGACUUGGAAGUUAGAGGUAUAUACGAGAAGCCCUUGACGGCGGGGACUGUAGCUGGCUGGUGGUGGAGUGACGAGAAAAUCCCGACUGCCCAGUUUACCAUCACCACUCGAGAUGGUCCUGAGGGUAAUCUAUGCCCCACUGCCUUUGGUGAGGUGGUGAGUGGGCUGGAGGUGGUGAAGGAGGCGGUGAAAUGUGUCAAUCAUUGCCAAGUGAAUGUGGUAAGCUGUGGUGUUGUAGUGUCCCCCUGACUACAUCACCAGGUCAUAAUAUCAACCACCAAGAGUCACCAUACUUGUAUCUUAUCACCAUCCGUCAUCACCAUUUUUUUGUUACUCUGGUUCUCUCUCUCUCUCACCUUUCAAAUCUUUAUAAUCCUCCGUUUACUUUCUAUAUUCUCACCAUUUUUUUUACCAUUGUGUCACUAUCAUUUCAUUUCUACCAUAUCUUACUACCAUAUGGCACUUCAGGACGUUUCUAGCAUAUUUUAACAUUCUCCCAUUCUAAUUCCCAUAAACUUAAUUGCAAUCUGUGUUCACGUUUAAGAUCCAUGUAUCAAAUGUCACUCCAACUGAAACAAUUCUAUCUGUUGUAUACAAAUUCUGUGCUUCAUGAUCCUGGUAACUGAAGCACCUGAACCUGAGGACUUGUGCUCGGUGUGGCAAGAUGAAGCACUUAUACUGAAACGCAACAGUGUCACUCCUUCAAGUUACUGCAAUACUUAAACAAUAACUUACAAUUACUUAUGUAUAAUAAAAAAUAAUAAAAUAA